CACCAUAAACACGCAACUAUCGCAACGGAAGUUUUACUUCCGCAGGGUCCGACUGGCAAAAGACCGCGACAUAGCCUUGCUUGCUGACUGUGCGCUCGCUUUUAUUCCGCGUAAAAGAUGCGCCUUUUUCAAAUCAUACUGAGAAUGUGAGCGGCGAGAGUGUCACACUUCAGGCCAAUCAUGGACAAUGGAGUCAAAGUGCGGAUGUCCGGAUAUCUCCACUUGAAGACGAAAAAGCGCAUGAUAUCGUCAUGGAGGAAUUACUGGUUCGUGUUGGAGGACAGAUUGUUGCUUUAUUACAGGUCGAAGGCCGAGUAUGAGACCAUUUCGCCCUGCAAGGGAUCGAUUAAUUUAGGGCCGCCCUGUAUGGUCAAGUCUUUGCCCUCGGUGGCGAAUUCGUUUCAAGUCGAAACACGAAGUUUGACCUACACAUUGAAAGCGGACAACUCCGACGACCAGAAAAAGUGGAUGCAAGCCAUCCUGGCCGUCCUUAACCAGAACCAAAAUUUCCCCACCGAAAGUCCCAAAAGACUGAGUCAUUUCCGCUACUCCCUCGACGAGUUAUUCCCUCAAGUGGAGCCCAACGACCCCCAAACGCCCCUCGAACGCCAAAACACACUCCCUCAUCGACUAAAACUCGAACCCAAAAAAAGCAGUGAGAUAAUUCAGCGGUUACAGAAAUUGGGGGCGCAGAGCUACGGUGGCAGUCUGGGUGCAAUUAGUAAAAUAGCGACGAAAAAAGUUGGAAAGGAGGAGGAGAAGGCGAAAAAUGCGUCUCAGGGGUCGUUACCCAGCUGUCUUUUCAACGAGGCGGAUGAGGAGGAAGUUCGACCCCAAAAAGAGGAAAAUAUCUACGAGAGGAUUUCCGGGGAGUCGCAAUAUUCGGAAGGGAGUGAGAAAUACAGUGUUCCGUUGAGGAGAGGCUUGAGUGUGAGUGAGGAAAGAGACAAGGGGGCUCCGGCGAGGGAAACCAAAAGUUUAUUGGUGGAAAAUGACCAAUAUGCAAGCACAAGACAUGUGCAAAGUGAUGAAGUUGUCUACGCUGAGCCCAAAAUUACUCCUAUUAUUGACUGUAAUAAAAAUAGUCUUCUUGUUGAGAACACUUUUUAUGCUAGAAGCGACAUUUUGGGACACACUAAUGACAAUAUUUACGAAGAUUUGGAUGAGUAUAAUCCUUACAGUGAGCCAGUUUUGAAGAGUUCUAGUCAAGGUUCGGUUGAAGACAAGCAAAAGGAGAAAAUUAAAAAAACGAAAAGUUUCAUUCGACGAGUUUGGAAGAAAAAACACCGAAAACAAGACGAGAAAAAAGUUGAGGAGGAAAUCUACGCCGAGGUUGACACCACUUCCGUUAACAAAGUCGAAAUGGGUGACGGAAGUGCUAUUCAAAUGUUGUCAGAACUCCACAAUAUUUUAGAAAAUAAAAAGGCACAAUUGAGGGCCAAGGCCUCAAACGACUCGCCAAACGAAGCCUCGGAAUCAACAACAAAGCCAGAAGAAGCCCCAAAACUGCCCCCCAAGACCCACCCCCCCGAACAAUUUCGAAGUCUCGACGAAAUCCUUGAAGAUUUAGACCGAGAAAAGCUCGAAUCUAAAGGCAAAGUGCAACUCCUAAUCGAGAAAUUUAGCGACUCGGAACCGGAAGUAAUUUUACGAAAACAUGACAAAUCUGCUUAUCGACACUCUGACGAUCUUAAUUCACUAUUGGAUGAGCUUGCAAAAGUCACUUCGGCCCCGAUUAUGACCCCUGGAGUGACCACAAGUCUCGUCAACCCGAAUCUCACCGAUGAAGACUGGCUGAAACUCCUCCCUGUGCGACAGAGAAGGUUAUCAGAGCCGGACUACGACAUCCCGCGCCCCCUUAAACCGGUCCAAGCCCCGGAAAAGCCCGAAAAUACCGAUGUCAUCCCCGUGACCCGGUUUUUCGGACCAGUAUUGCCACCCACGAUCACUGACAACAAAGAUGACUCUUUGUGUGUCAGCAUGACCCCCGAUUCGCUGGAAAUCGAGAAAUUCCAAACUUUGUGCUCCUACACGUCGCACAAUUACACCGAUUUGAAAUGUUUUCAUAAAAAAGACGACGUUAUUUACGCCCUGCCCAAGUCGUAUCUCUCCACUCACAUUGUCAACACGUGUCAGAAUAUUUGUGGUGGUGGAAAUUUAGACGACUGUCAGAUCAUUUACAAAAAUGUUAAACACGAAGAAAUCUUCAACGAUUCCCUCGAACUUUAUAACGAAACUAAAACAGAGUUUAAGUUUUAGUUUUUCUACUCAUUUGUGUAUAAAUAAAACGCCAAAGAACA